CCAUACUGAGGUUGGUGUUCUAAGUGUCGGCAGACUUUUCUUAGCGGAUGUAGAAUUAUUGCGAAUUGAAUUAUGGGGCGUAAUCAGGCCCGAAUUUGAACAUAAUUAUAUACUCUCAAACUCGAUCAAAAAUGAAGGCUGAGGGCCUUACGUUGCAGACUUCCUUUGUUUGUCUAAUCGUUUGGACAGACAUCCAAGAUGGUGACUGGGAUACCCCCAAGGGCAUAAGGCGAGGCUAAACUGGUGGACAAUGGACCUGAUCGGACAGCUCAGAGCCUCUGCUCUUUUCUGUCCAUAAAACGAGGGUGUGUCUUUUAUGAGUAUGAAACGCAGCCAAGGUCACAAGAUGACUAUACAAUGUUAACUUCGGCUGUGAGUGCCUGGGGGAAAAAAUCAACAUCUAAGACAGCUCAUGGAAACAUUCUAUUGAUAUUUUUGGUAUAAAGGUGAUAACGAAAGUGUCGUUUUGAGAAGAACAUUUUCAAAAUUCCCAAAUGGGGACGUCAAUUGGAAUUGUCUUUCUGGGCUCGGCGUCAGUUAAACUGCAGUACCGCCAGUCUCCUAUGGGUACAUGGGAUGGCGUACUUCCCAAACGGAACCCUGGCAUCAAAACGCGAUGACUUCAAAUCCGCCUCGAUUUCCGUUUCAUUGACAUACGGGAACAGGAACCACAACAGUAGCUGGCUGGUGGCCCAAAACAUUGAAAAAAAUCUAACUUUCAAAGGGCUUGUGCCUGAGUCCGACCUACGUGGAUGGAAGUGGAGAUUGCGUUCGAGAUGGGUCCUGAGAGAAUCUUACCGAACUCUGAGGAGGAGCUAGGCCAGGAGCGGCCGUCGGACGCUGGGGUGCCUGAGGUGGGCGGGGAGUGGAGUGGAGAGGAGGAGGAUGAUAAUGGAGGUUACUAUUACCAGCCACUAAACCAGGACCCUGAUGGACUAAAUGCUGCACCAGGGGACCAUCCUGAGGAUAUGCCCCCAGUAGCAGAGCAACUGCAAGAAGUCCAGGAGAGAAUAGAGUUGAUGGGCUUGCAUCUUCCCCAGCCCCCUCCCCCAGAUAGUGAUGAAGACCCAGAAGGAGCACACAGCAGCGCAGCCUCCAUCCCCAUGGAUGAAGACCACGUGGAGCUGGUGAAGAGGACCAUGGCAGCAGUGGCCCUGCCCUCUCUGGCCAUCCCGGCCUGGGCUCAGGAGAUCUCGGACGACCAGUGGAAGGACAUGGUCCAGCAGACACUCCAGACUCGCCAAAGCUCAGAAGGCCUGAGGCUAGAGCACAAAUAAGACUGAAUUGCCUCCUUCCCUCAGUCUGUCUUUAACUCUGUCCUGCAUUUCACCAACACACUUACCCCAGGGGAGUCUGCACUGAGGUCCUCUCUGAGCAGGUGUUAGGUGUCUCAAUUCUCAAGAGAUUGAACUCCUAUAAGUCCAAUUCUCAUUAGAUGAUAUUUCUGAUGAAUAUUUGUUUUUCAAAGGAGGCUCUUGGUACCUACUACACCUAACCUGCUGCUUAAGGUCAUUUGUAGGGUUUGUGAAGGAGUUUGAAUGAGUAUAGUAUAUUUUGUCUCUCAGAUCAGGCAAAUUCUUACCGUUUCUGCCCUGGAGGAGCUUGAAUCAGUGUACUGGAGUACGUAUUAUGAGGCUCAAUGACAGUUUGGCCUUGAGUACAGAAGCACUAUUAUACCCCCCCCCCCAAAUGCUUCCUGAGACAUUCCAACCACCCUUUCCAACAUCAGAUUACCUUUGUUUGUUUUUGUAAUACUUUCUAUUGGUUGUGAUUACCAUAUUAUAAUACUAUUAAAUCAGUUUUUGUUGAACGUAAUAUAUAAGCUGUCCGGUUUAUUAGGUACACCACCCAUUCCAGAAAAUUGAUAAGAUUCUACAGACAGUGAGUCAUGUGGCUUGCUAUAUAAAGCAGGCCUUCAGUUACUGUUAGAAUGGGCAAAACGAGUGACCUAAGCGACUUAGAGCUUGGUAUGAUCGUCAGUUCCAGUAUCUCAGAAACUGCUGCCUUCAUGGGCUUACUGAGAAUGGAGCGACAAACAAAAACAUCCAGUCAGCGAAAACAUCUCGGAACACACAACUCGUUGAUCCUUGUCACGGAUGGACUAUUGCAGCAGACGACCGCACCGGGUUCUACUCAUAUCAGCUAAAAAACAAGAAGUGGCUCCAGUGGGCAUGUGAUCGCCAUCACUGGACAAUUGGUGAUUGGUAGAAUAUUGCCUGCUCUGACGAAACCUGGUUCCCCAUGCUAAUAGCAGUCAGGAUUUGGCGUAAGCAUGAGACCAUGGACCUAUCCUGCCUGGUGUCAAUGGUAAAGGCUGGUGGCGGUGGUGUGCCGCCGUCCAAUCUGUAGCGACGGCAUGUUGCUAUAGCGUUAGCAUGGACCAACAUCCCUGUGGUACUUUUCCAACUCAUAGAAUCCACCCCCAGAAUAAUUGAGGCUGUUCUGGAGAGAAACGGGACUCUGACCGGUACUAGAUGAGUGUACCUAAUAAACUGGCCAGUGAGUAUAUGGGCAUAAAUUAAUGGAAAUUUCCGAGUCUUUCUUGACCCUAUGCAGAAUUCAUGGUACAUUAGCUAGUUCAAUCAAUGAUGGAUAUUGUUUGUGAGGAUAACAGAUUCCCAAACUCAAUGGAUGUCCACAAUUUUUUACUUUAUUUUGUUCUGUACAUACAUGAACAUCUGUACAAAAUAUGACUUUCAUACUAUGUAAUGCUCUACCUAAUUAAAGUACAACAUAUGUACAUAUGA